ACUCAGCUGACUAGCAGCUGUCAUUCUUUAUUUGAGUCUUUUGGAGAUUCGUUUGCUGCUUUUGGCUCAUCCUUGCUUUUGGUGCGUGUCGUGUAAAAAGCUGAAAAUUCCAAGUUAUAAAUUCCGGUUCUAUUCAUAAUAAAAUGGCGGCACCAAAAACAUACAACCUGGAAGCUGUGAAGCAGCAUAAUACUCCAGAUGAUCUCUGGAUAGUCAUCGAGGGAAAAGUGUAUGAUGUGACAAAAUUCCGAAACGAGCAUCCUGGAGGCGAAGAAACGCUGGACGAAGUGGCUGGUCGCGACGCAACACGUGAUUUCCUGGAUGUGGGGCAUAGCCAAGAGGCGAGGCAAAUACUGAAAAAGUACUACAUUGGUGAUCUGGAGGCCAGCGACUGGACAAGUAAAUUACCAGUAAGCACGUCAUAAUGGCAAAAGUGGGCUAUAAUUGAUUAGAAAAAGAACAAAGACAAAAAAUCUGCAAGGAAACCCGGUUUGGUGAAACUGCUAAAUUUGAAAAGCAACAAGAAUCUUGAAAUGACAGUGCCUCUAUUAGUUUGGCCGUAAUUAACCACCCAAAAAUGAUCCAAUCCUCUACUUUGCUCACAACAAUCAAUUCUUGGUGGCCAUGCAUGCAGUAUAUUCAUUUGCCAUAAUUAAAUUCGCAUUGUAUUAUAUAUAAAUGCGCAGCAAAAACAAUGAUCGCAAUAUAAUAGUCCAAUAUUUACAUAUCCAUAUACAUACGCAUAUACACAUGUAUAAAUAUUCAGACGAUUACGUCAUAAUAGUAGAGGUUCUGGACAAUUGUAUGUAAAUCAUAAAGCUUCCAUUUUGUGUAUGCAUUUGCAGUAUUCAUUUACUAAGGCCUGCUUAAGUGUUCUUCAUAAAGCCAUAUAAAUUCAUAAAAACUCAUUAAAAUGCAUCUCUUGAUAUUUGAACUCUUAUCAAAUUAAACUGAUAGCCGUACGCCCUCUUGUUGCAAAUAUUUAAAGCCUCAACUGAUAAACACCCCUAUUGCGAGUCUCCACUAUUAGUAGGUAAACGACUGUCAGUCGAUUAUCGAUUAUCCGUGGUAUUCUCAAAGUCGUUUUCUCGUUCAAUAAGUGAAUGAGAAUAGUUUAUAGUCGCUCAUCCUUCUACAAACAAGCAUUUAAAAUUAAAAGUUAUUCACAGACGCUUAUUGAACGAGACGCUUAUUGAACGAGAAAUCGAAAUACCAUAGAAAAGCUAUAAUCGAAUAAGAGUCGCUUAUCUACUACUAGUCCACACUCGAAAUAAGGGUGAAAUACUAAGCGUAAGUUUUAUAAAAUGGCUAAAACGAAAAAAUACUUUUGUAUGCCCGUUCCAUCGACAUUACUUUGGAAAGCGCUCUUAGACUAUUCUUUAUAAAUAUUGUAGCCUACUAGCUUUUAUUAUCACUUUCAAUUAGGAACCAGUUUAUUCUAUUGUAAUAUUUGAAAACCCAACUUUGUACAUAUCGAGCUCUAACCGUGAAAAUAAGGUUACCGACAUUUCUGCAUCAAAAAUAAAAAUUUGAGAAAGAAUGUCGGUUACGUUAUUUUCGCGGUUAGGGCUGGAUAUGAUAAUCAUCGUGCACGGCCAUUACUAUACAAUACAAUAUAGUUCAUUAUUAGUAAAAUCCUAGGAGUAAUAAAAAUUAUAUCUUUUAUAGUUUCAAAUAUUUUUCUACCAAAAAAGUAAAAUUUUGUAAAUCAUAAAAUCAUGCGUAAGUUUAACCAUAAUUUGUAUGCAUGUUUACCUAAUAUAAAAUGUUUAAAUAGCUGUGAUUACACUUUAACUCAAAACAUCUGAACAUCAACACUUUCAUACGGCACACCUCGCGUUCGUGGGUUUUCUUUGUUUUUGUCUUUAUUGGUUGCUUUGCUAAAAUACGAUUUUCUUUUACUGCUUCUCAAACAUAAAUCA